CUGAAUAGAUGAACUGAACUAAACUGAAAUGAACAUACUUUUUGUUAUUUUCAAUUUUACUGUGCUUAUUGCAGCUAUUUCGGUUUAUUGGAUACGCGGUGAGAAGAAAAUGUCCUGUAUAUUCUGUGAUAUCAUUAAUAAGAAAACAGACACUAAAAUUCUCUUUGAAAAUGACGACUUUGUUGCCUUUAAUGAUAUUAAACCAGCUUCUUCUUUCCACUUCCUAAUCAUUCCUAAAACACACAUAAUGAACACUAGUUCACUGACUAUAGAUGAUAAACCUAUGCUUAUGAAUAUGAAAAGGUAUAUGCUGGAUCUUAUGGAGAAAAAUGAUCAGACUGAUUUAGCAGAUAUCUCUCUUGGAUUUCACAUAGCACCAUUCAAUUCUGUGAGACAUCUUCAUCUGCAUGGGAUCAGUAAAAAGUCUGAGAUGAGAUUUUUAACUCGAAUGAUUUUUAAAGAAAAUUCAUUUUGGUACAAGACAUUUGAUGACGUUUUCAACUCGUUGCCUGCUUCCAGAUCUUAAAUUUAAGUCUUUUUAACACUCGUCAUUUGAUACUUCCAUCGUUUUCUCUUCCAUUUUAGAUUUGAUUUUAUUAGGUCAAUAUAAUGUAAUAAUUUGUAGUUUUUUAAGUAUGGGUUUUUUUUGUCUGUGCAAUCAGGGUGGUUAAAAAUAGAAUCUGGCCUUUUUUAAAAAUAUGUUCACGAGUACAAUGUGUGUCAGAAUUCAUAUGUUGGCAGAUAAUAUAUGUCACACAUUGCAUAUGUGCACAUAUUUUAUGUGUGAUGUGUGACACAUAUUUAUGUGUGUAGAUAUCAUGUGUAAACAUGCAAAAUCUGCACAUAUUUAUUAAUUUUGGAGAAAUGAAGAUUAAACUAAGAAUGAUGAGCAUCAGUUAUGAUCAAAUCUUUAAUAGUAAAACUCGUGUCCCUUAAUCACUUGUAAAUCAAUUUUUCCGAAAAUAAAGUCAAAUUAGUUUAAAAUUACAGUUUAAUGAACAUAUUUUCGACAAAUUACCUCUUUUGUGCAGUAUUUGACUGUUUUGGUUAAAUAUCAAUAAUUUUUUAAAUAAAUUUCACAAAAAAAUAUCACUUUAGUCCGGCAAAUUAAUAAAUAUGUGCAGAUUUUGCACAUGAUAUCUACACACAUAAAUAUGUGUCACACAUCACACAUGUUCAUAUGUGACACAAAAUAAUGUGUCACACAUCAAAUGUGUGCACAAAUCACACAUAAAAUAUGUGCACAUAUGCAAUGUGUGACAUAUAUUAUCUGCCAAAAUAUGAAUUCUGCUACACAUUGUACACGUGAACAUUCA